CGAGCGAGUGAGGCAGUGACAGCCAGCGCGACAAAGAGGCAGAUGAUGGCGGAGAGCAGCGGCACGUUGUCGCCGAGUGGAGGAGGAGGAGCAGUAGGGGCUAGGCGUCAUCAGAGGCAACGUUCCAGCGUCUCGGUCAAGAAGAGAAUCAGCAAAGCGGAUAACGACGAGGCGCCCGACAAUGCCCUCAGUGCGCCGAACCCGGCUACGACCCCCACCCAUUCCUCUUCCGUAGGCUCGCUCGGCGAGAGCCCCUUUCCUUCAAUUUCGUCAACAUUACAUGUUCAGGAGACAAAAGAUGUCAGACCGCCGCCGAGAGAUCCAACCAGCACCAAAAAGUUGCUUCCAUCGCCAAAGGAAGACAGCGAGGAGGCCGAGAACAGAGCAUCUAUGGAUGGCGAUUACUUCUCGACUUCGGCACCAUUCUUCCCUUCGAAGGUUCUCUCUUCCCCCGAGAGACGUCAGUCUGCUAUGCCUGCCGCUGCUUCACCGCCCCGGGCAAAGGAGGAGGAGGGUGUCUCGAAUGGCGCAGAGGCAAAGGUCGGCGACGAGAGCGUUGGGGCGCCAGACGUGGCCACCACGAGGACGGAGCUGGACCUCUUUGACGACGAUGACGAAGACAACACUAUCAGUCCGGGGCCUGUCCCAACACAUGCUGAGGCACAACGAAAGACGGCGUUUCCGACCCCGUCCGCGCCGGUGGUAGCGCCGGCCCUGCCGCCAAAGGAUGACAAGAAUGAAUCUGAAUCCGCUCCUUCGGUUCCCCAGAAGCCGCUGCAGCGCAGCAACAGCUCAUCGACUUCCUCGGCAACGGCUUCGCCAGUGAUCACGGGAUACACAACGCCUCGAUCAGGCCGUACGAUGGGUAGCCCCUCCUCUUCCAUUGGUCGAGUCAGUGGUGGGCAAAAACGGCUUAGUCUCCUGACAGGAGGCGGCCCUCCUUCCUCCUCGUCUUCGGUCGAUUCGGCGUACGGAGGCCGGGCGUACUCAUCGCGACCACCAGAUAGGUCAGCUUCUCCUUCGACGCCGACGGUGUCGCGAAGAACUUCCAUCUUGGGUAGCAAGCGAAUGAGCCUCGCAUACAUUCCAAGCCCAGCCACUUCGGCCGCGAGGCCUUUUGGCCAGGGCGACCUUGGUCCAACGACGCCCUCUUCGUCAUCCAGCCUGGGCUACGUAGGAUCACGAGGCACCAGCACGCCGAAAACAGGACCGACACCGACAUCGGUUGAUUCUGCACAGUCGCCCUCAGCGCUAGGAGCGCGAAGGAAGGAGGAUGGGGAUACCGUCAUGACGCAGCACAAGGACAUGCUGGCCCGCAUUGCUGAAAAGGAGCGCAGGUGUCUCGAGAUGAGGGAGGCGCUCACAAAGGAAGAGGAGGACCUCCGCGAAUUGCGAAGAGAGUGGCAGGCCUCGGUUCACCGCGAGUUGGCCAACGAGAGCGUCACAACAAGCCCGACAGCCUCGAGGAAUAAGGGUGCCCUGGCCCGGGCGGCCUCUUCGAGCAUCUCGAGCAUGUCAAGCAUGCCGAGUCAUGAAGGGGAAGGCAUGCACACCCGCGACAACAGUCUGAGCACUACGACGGCACCUACGACGGCACCCUCGACGAGCGACAAUGGCUCUCUGUCUUCUUCGGAAGCCAAACUAGCUUCGCUCGAUGGAUCGACGCAAACGACGUCGGACAAGCUCAAAGACCUCGGAAAGAGGCUGCCCUCUGGAUGGGGCGUCCAGCUCAACAACUUCCUCGACCAGCUCGCCGCCGCGCCUGGUUCUGACAAGGACAAGGACAGAGAGGCGUUGGCGAUGGGUGCUGGAGGGUCCGACGUCGCGGCUGCGGCUGCCGUGCAAGACGUUGGCAGGCAAGGUCUCGAGGUGCUGGCAGAGGAAGACGAAGGCUCGUCGCCGCGAGCAGGCUCCGCGAGGUCAAAACCUCUGCCACCCGUCUGGUCACAACGCCCAACACCGGAACAGCGACACAACAAGAGGCAAAGCGUGUUCGGAACGCUUGCCUCGUUUCAGAAGUCAGUCGAGGAGGGCCUUCUUGGUCUUCCGCCGCGGUCAGCAGCCGUUUCGUCUCCGCCGAACAACGAUGCGGCGCACAACGACACGAACAGUGAAUCGAAUGCGACCGCAAAGGAUGAAGUGGCAGGCUGGGGAGCCUGGCAAAAGCGACUCAAGGAAGCCAGAGAAAAUGCGUCGGGGCUCUUGGCCAAAGCAGAAGCGACUCUGGGAAGAGCAAUGACGAUCGACGAGCUCAUAGCCAUCGAACCGGGGCGAGUCGAUCAGCAAAACGCCACUUCGAGAGCAGGAGCAGCGACGAGCACGGGCGGAGGCGCUUUUGACGAGGCCAACGAGAGAGAAAAGGCGGCCCUGGCAGAGCUCUCCUGGCUCAAGUCGCUCUCACCUGCCAUGCGUCAGUCUGGCAACGAUGGAGGGCUGCAGCCGACAAAGGACGAGACGCAGACGACGAGAUUGGAUCCCGAGACGCUCCUGGAGCUCGAAAAGGGGAGCGGUCUCGCACCCCUAAGCGGCCUUGGUUUGGGGCUGGGACCUGGCAAGGGUGGGGCCGCAGGCUCACAGAGGCGAACGUCGACGUCGUCGGCCAACAGCAACUCGUCGAACCAGACGGCGACAGCCAAGAAGAGGAUGAGUGGCAGCAUGCCCAUCUCUUCGCCGAGUGGCGGUGGCGACAGCAGCCUCGGAUUUAUGAGCAUGCUCAGCUCCGCCUGGGGCACCGGAGGAGGGACCACGUCGGUCGAUGGAGGGAGAAGACCGAGCUUGAGUCCCAAAUUCACCUCAUCGUCGCUGCACAGUGAUGGUGGCGUGUCACCGGGCGAGGGGAGUACAGGUCACCGGAGGACACCAUCGAACCAGAGCAAGACGAGACUCGCUGCAAGGAUGGCGGCGGCGGCAGGCGCUGGCUCGACUCCCUCGAACAGCAGCGGCGGAGCAGGAAAGGCAAAAGCGUCCAUGAACGGCAGCGGUGGGACGCAUGCAAAGACAAACAACAACAACAAUUGGGAUUGGGACGCACCACUCUCGCAGGCCGAGAACAAGCGCCUCGUGACCAGCCCGCCGACCAAGUCGUCGGAACAGCUCGACAAGGGGACAAAGGACGGCGACAAGAGAGACGACGACGACUGGGGUUGGUGAUAUUCUGUAGCUUCAUUCAUGCCGUGUACAUUACUCUCUCCCUUCUCAUGCGAUUUCAUCACACUGCCAUCUCACCCCCUUCCUUCAGCAAUGGAACGUUCAAUUAAAUCUCAUGAUUCGUCAUGUCCCCUCUGCUAUCUCUCUGCCACAGGAACGGCUUCAGCUCGUGUCCAUAGUCUCUGUUGUCGCGGUCACGGUCCCUUUUCCGACCUCAAGGACAUCUGU